UCUAAAAGGUCGCUCAAUUUUCGUUUGGAUUGACCUAUAUUGUUGUUUUCGUUUGGGUUAAUCUAUAUUGCCGCCCAAAAAUAUUGAAAUAGGAAAAAUGUGAUUUUCUUCUUUGCUUUUAGAGUAGUGUUGUGAAUGUAUGUUUGUUAAUAGUGUCAAUUGGUUGCAAAUGUUGAUAUCACUAUUAAUAUUAUCUAGUGUACUUUAUCAAUUACGAUUCAAGUAAUACAAAUUUAUUCAACAUUUUGAAUAGUUUUUUUAAUUGAAGUAUAUAAGAGGUAGAAAGAAAUUGGUUAAAAUUUGUGAAAAAUAUUUUAAAUUAGUUUAAUAAAAUGUGUAAGUUGGUAACGAGUAAGAAGUAAGUGAUUCGGGCCCAAAUGUACACAUUUUGCCCCUCAUUUCUUAUUCGUUUAGCUUAGUAUUUCAUCGUUCCUCGACAUAUUUCGCGCUAGGUUGUGUUUGUUUUGAUACAUUUCAGGUCCUAACACGUGUGGAAGAGUCGAGGUCAAAUUUUGGGACAAUUGGAGGUCAAAAAGUGCAAAAACAGAAGAAAUGUCCGAAGUCGUAACAGUGAAGUGAAGGCGUCCCAGGAAACAGCCGCAGUUCACGGCCGGACGAGGCAGUUCACGGUCUUCUAAGACCGUAACUUCGAUCACAAACCGUGAACACCGAGGUGUCCAGCGAGGUUCCUGAAGUUACUAACGAUAAGGCAGUUCACGGUCUCUAAGACCGUGAACUGUGGCCAUUGACCGUGAACCCAAGACGCAAGGCGGUGCGUUUUGGAGAUGACUGAGUUCACGGGCGGGUUUAGGUGUUCACGGCCGUGAACUGGCCAACGCGUCUGUGAACUGAUCGUUUCGGGCAAAUAUGAAGACAACAGCAAGGAGAGAGAAAUGGGAGCUGGUUUUUGUAGAAGACUUGGUUUCUUUCUCUAGGGUUUGCCCAAAAACACCAAAGGGGAGUUCUAGUGAGAGAGAGAGACAUUGCUAGAGUGAUCUUGGAGCAUCAUUGGAGGCUUGGGUGGAGAUUCAAGCCUAGAAGAAGAAGAAGAUCUCGAGCUCAAACUUGUAAUCCCUCUCUCUCUCUAGAAACUCACUCUUUUCUCUUGGGUGUUGUAGAUCCCUAACUAGGGGUGGGCAUACGGUUCGGUUUUACCGAACCGAACCAAGUUCAAACCGACCGAAAUUGAAAUAAUUUUAAUUAGGUUCGGAAUUCGGACGGAGAUAGGCUGAAUUUCGGGAGACAGGUGCUUUUUGACCGAACCGAUAAACCAAAAUACCGCCGAAUUUCUGAAUUAAUAAUGGCCCAAAACCUAAGCAGUCAGCCCACUCCCUACUUGACCCAACUAAAGCCCAAACCUGCCAGCAGUCAGCCCACUCUCCUUCUCCUAUCAGAGAAACUAAGGCUUGCUGCUGAUGCUGAAUGCUGAAGUUGAAACCCUCGCAGCCAACAGUAGCCGCCGCCCGCCAGCCAGCAGAGAUGCGAAACCGGAAACCCAAAUCUACUCUGUUGCGUCCCCGUCGGCGCGUCCGUCGCCAUCUCGUCAUCCCCCGAGGCCCGAGCCCAACGCGACGCCCCGACCCAACCCCCGAGUCCCGACGGCCCCUGUUCCAAUCUCGACUCUCGACUCUCUGCGACUCUGCCUCCGUCCAUCUCUCCCAUCGCCAGCCCGCCAAGCCACUCGCCGGCCGCCUCGCGACGGCCUCUCCCUGCUCCCACCGACACCCGACAGCCACCUAGCUCCCGCCGACAACACCACUCACUCGUCUCCUUGAAAAGUAUAAAAAAAAUGGCAGCAGUGAGCAGCCAACCCCAUGCCAAAUUUUCCCAUGCCAAAUUUCCAGUUCCAGCGAAACAGACCAGAAGGCAGCAGGCAAAAACGGGCAGCAACUGUGCAUUUCGGUUCUGGGCAUUUAAACCGAACUGAACCGAACCGAAUUAUAGCUGGGUUCGAAUUCGGACGGGGUGCUGGUUACUUUGGAAAUUCGGCAUGUCCUCGUUCAGUUCGGUUCAAACCGAACCGACCGAAUGCCCACCCCUAUCCCUAACUAAUACUUUGUAAUUACUUGUUUAGACUGAAUGACUAUUUAUGCGUAUUGUUUAAUCCAAUGAUUGAGGUAUUAUUCAUGUUGAUUGUGCAUGCUUGUGCUUAGAAACCUAAGGAUUGUGCAUGUUUUGUGCUUAGCAUCCUUAGGUUUGUGCAUGUUGGUGCUUUGCAAUCUAAUUAGCCACUUUAACCUAGCUUAGAGAGAAAAAUCCCCUUUCCAAGGGAGACUCAAUCAAGUUGGUUUUCCUUUAGCUUUUUAAGCCACCUAACUAGGUUAAUUUAGGGCAAACCUCAAUGUUGAAUUAAGCAAAUUGGUUAAGCACGAUUAAACCGUCCGACCCUUGAGUUGAGUGAGGGAGUAAGUCAACCACCGAUUCCCUUAACUGAGAGGGCCGAGUGACACGACCAUAAUGUUCACCUCGGUUUAGCAAUUGAGAUUGCGGUCUACGACCAUAUAUGCAUCCCUCUGCAGUUCACGGUUACCUUGCCCUUAGCAAUCGUUUCAAUCCAAUGAGUCACGGUAGCUAGUUAGGGGGAAGCAACUCCUGGGUGAAUCUCCCUUAGUUAGAAUUUUCUUUUAUAUACUUUCCCUUGCUAGUUUAGUUUGUAGUUCCAUUAUUUAUAAAACCCAAAACCGUUUUGCUAGAUAACAACUUAAGCGAUUGAAGUAGGGGUACAUGGACCGGCCUGAGUCGAUAUUUAAAUACUUGAUCUAUACUGCAACGGGCUAGAGUUUAAAAACUUGGACUCUAGUCGGGAUUAAUUUGUGGUGUAGUUUCGUGCGAGUCAGUAACUACGCUGAUGCACUGAUCCGAACAACCCGGAACCCGCCUGGGCCGAAACCCGAUGAACUCGCAACCCGAGUUGUCCGUAACCCGAUUGAACCCAAACCCGAUGAACCCGUAAGCUUACUAACCCGCAACCCAAUUGAACCAGCCCGAACCCGCCCGAUUGACACUUCUAGAUACUGGAGCUUUUCAGAAUGGGGCACUAAACCAAUUCUAGCCUGUCUUGUGUGAGGAGUACUAAUCGCAAUCCUAAAUACUUUGUUUAAUAAACGUAAAUACGAACGUAUGUAUUUUAUGCAAUUAAAAUUUUAGUUCCGUAAUAUUGUCAAAGGUGUUCCAUUUCCCAGUUCAUUAGAUGAAUCUCGUGCUAAACACGUAUAAUCCUGUAUAACAAGUUUAAUAUUUAUAAUUUAUGAAUUAAAUUGAUAGUUUGAACAUUAGUUAUAUGUUUAUUUAUUUUUACAAUAAUCAGUUACAUAUAUGUGAUGACUAUUGACGUACUAUUAGACAUACAAUUAGUUUAGAUAUGAAGUAAAAUAUUUGUACGUAUUUUAUAUGUAACUUAUAUACUCGUACCGUUUUACUAGCUAUUAAUCGUUUCGGUACGUCGGUUAACCACUUAGCAAAAAAUUUAUUUUGAAAACAUAACCAAUAAUCCUUAUCCGAUCCGUUAACCACUUAGCAAUUAAUUUGACGAUUAAUCACAAACCAAUAACAACCUCCUAACAUAAAACUCUAAUCGACUUAAAUCUAAUAAAGUACUAAAUGAACCCUUAAGCCCAAACUCGAGUAUCGAUCAGUCCACCAACUUGAAAGCAACAUUACCCUCAAAGUUGAGGCCAAUGUCCAUAUACUAAAAAAUUCAGUUCCCUCAUGAAAAUACAACUAAUUAAUGAGC